GUUAUGGUAACAUAAUUUGGUCAACAAAAGAUUAAGAAGGCACAAUGUCGGUGGAUACAAAGGAGAGUAUAUACAAGCUUAUACCGCCAGCUAUUCCCCCAGCUGAAAUGAGAAGGCGUCAUAAAUCAAAAUUUAGUGAGACAGUCAAGCUAGAGACUAAAUAUUUGAAAGCACAGAAUAAAACUAUGGGUCCAGCUAUUGUAGCAGUUAACAAACCAAGUGAAUUUCUCAAGAAGCACACAAAAGAGUCCAGACCUCCAUUGAGGCCUUCUCCUGGAAAGAAACAAUAUGAUAUUGAGAGAAAGCCCCGUGUUCCAACUCUACAGGAGCAACCUCAGCUAGCUGAAAAGUCAAACAAAGACUUCAUAAAAACUAACGCGAUUGGUAAUAUAACAGCCAUUCCCAAGAAACCAAAGCCAAAGUACACUGACUCCCCUAGAGGCACAACAUACCUGCUUGAAGAAUCUGGCCUACUUCCUCAAUACGUUCACAAGAAAACUUACGGGAAAGUUCCUGAAUACCUUGAAACAAGAAAGAAAGAAAUGACAGAGGCACAGCUUGAAUAUGAAAGGUAUGUACGUGAAAGCUUUGAAAAAGAUCAAAUGAUCCAGCUCUCCGAUGAAGAGAGAACUGCAAUUUUGGAUGGAUUGAAAAAGAAUUGGGAUAAGUUGCACCAUGACUAUCAAGGGUUGAGCGUUGUGACAGACACACCUGCUAAAAAGGCUAGGAAAGAACGCAUAGAAGGAGAAAUGAAACAACUUGAAAAGGACAUUGAACAAAUUGAGAAACAUCCAAUCAUUUAUGUAGAGAAAAGACUAUGAAGAUAACAUUAUUCAUGACAAGUUAUUUUUAAUUAACUGCA